AUGGAAGAACUGGCAGCUUUAAACCUUGAGGAAAAAAGGAGGCCAAUGGAAGUCGACAGCGAAAGUGAGGCAGAGGACGCAGACGGAGCAUCGGGGGAAGUGGGAGGCAGGCAGACCCCCCUGCACCGAUGGGUCAUGCACGGAGCAGUGAUGUUCGGCCGGGAAUACUGCUACGCUAUGGAAACUGCUCUGGUCAUACCGGUGUUGCUGCAGAUAGGCCUGCCCGAGCAAUAUUACAGUCUAACGUGGUUCGUCAGUCCUAUCUUCGGUCUCAUCUUCACACCUGUGAUGGGCUCAGCCAGCGACCGCUGCACGCUGCCGUGGGGUCGGAGGAGGCCGUUCAUCCUGGCUUUGUGCGUUGGCGUCCUGCUCGGGCUUUCCAUUGGCGAUCGACCCGGGAAUCAGCCAAUGGGCAUCAUCCUCACAGUUUUGGGAGUGAUCGUGCUGGACUUUUGCGCCGAUGCGUGCGAUGGACCGAUUAGAGCGUACCUUCUCGAUGUUGCGGAAACUGAGGAGCAAGAUAUGGCCCUAAAUAUCCACGCCUUUUCGGCAGGGCUUGGUGGCGCUUUGGGCUACAUGUUAGGCGGUCUCGACUGGACUAACACUUCUCUGGGUCAAGUGUUUAAGUCACAGCAGCAAGUCCUCUUCCUUUUCACAGCCCUCAUUUUCAUUAUCUCUGUCAUACUGCACAUGUUCAGCAUCCCCGAGAGACAGUUUGUGCCAUCCCUGCAGCUUAAUACCAAAGGGAGGACUUCAGACAGUCAGUCAUCUUACCGACUCGUUAGUCACUCACCACAGCUUCUCGAGGUCAUCGCAGAGGAGGAAGCCCCUUUUGGAGAGAACCACCAAUCACACCUUCAGGUUAAGGAAAUGGACUUCCUGGUGAUGGAGCGAAUGCGGAGUAAAAGCGAUUCAGUCUUAGCCAUGCCAGACACGACAAUCAACCUGGAUCCCGACCUCCACCUGCAGAUCCAGCUUUUCCUGCCUGAGCUACAGCAGGCUUUACCUGAAAUCCAGGAAGGUCUAGAAGAUGCAUUCAGUCCUUCGAAUCAGAGUAUUGGGUCUUUGAAUCCCGAUGGACCGCCAAAACCUGCAGAUGGAUUGAUGGUUGUGGAAUCUGGAGAUUCUGCUUUUUUUGAUCUUAAUGCCCAGAUUAACGGUCAUCCUGAAGUUAGUCCCGCCCCUGACAGCUCACAUAUGAAAUCAAAGACCAAGCUGGCUAAUGGUGCUGGUGUCAAUGCUCGCUUGUCCCCCGCUGAGCACUCCAACGCAAACAAAAGCCACACCUCCAACAAAGCCGGUCCUCGGCUCUUCAGCGCCACAUCUUCGCCGCGCCCACACAAACAUACGUUCUACCGACAACCUUCUUUUACAUUCUCUUAUUAUGGACGAGUGGGAUCUCAGCGUCACCGAUUGCGACGGACCACCACCUCAAGUCCGCCGCCGAUCACCACUUCCCGCAGCCUGAACGAUCUUAGCGAUCUGAAGCUGCAUAGAGCCAGGCGGGAGUUUCAGCUAUCGGAAAGCAGCCUUUCUUCAGAGGACUCCGGCAGCGAUGACAGGCCCAACAGGGGCCAGACUGUACGACUGCUCUGGUUGUCAAUGCUGAAGAUGCCAAAGCCGCUGUGGAGGCUUUGUGUUUGCCACCUGGUCACGUGGUUUUCAUAUUUAGCUCAAGCUGUCUUCUACACAGAUUUCAUGGGCCAAGUCAUCUUCCAUGGAGACCCGAAGGCGGUAGCCAAUUCCACAGAGUUCCAGAAUUACAACAGCGGUGUGCAGAUGGGGUGUUGGGGCCUUGUGGUAAAUGCUGCUACUGCUGCUCUCUGCUCAGCCAUCCUUCAGAAGUACUUAGAUAACUUUGACCUGAGCAUCAGGGUCAUCUACAUUAUGGGGACUCUGGGCUUCGCAAUAGGAACUGCGGCGAUGGCCAUCUUCCCGAAUGUUUACGUCGCCAUGGUGAUGAUCAGCAGCAUGGGCAUCAUCUCAAUGAGCAUGUCUUACUGUCCGUAUGCCUUACUAGGACAGUACCAUGAAAUUAAGGAGGUUUACAUAAGCCAAAUUCUAGUCGCAUCGGCACUGGGAACGGUCGUCAAGGCUGUGGGCAGCGUGCGAGUCAUUCCGAUGGUGGCCUCCGGCAGCUCCUUCCUCGGCUUCCUCGCCGCGUGUUUCCUCGUUAUUUAUCCUGAUGAGAAUUCCAAGGACCAGGAGUUGGCCUGUUUGUCACUGGAGCUGGACCAGAACAGGGAAGAAGGUGGUGAGAGAACGGCUCUGCGGAAGCCGGCAGACAUAGAUUGCCUUAGGACUGCCGAGACGCAACCAGUCGCCUGA